AUGGCGGACCAGAGCGGCAAUGCGGCGCCCGCCCCCAUCCGACGCCGCUCCUCGGCCAACUACCGCGCCUACGCCACCGAGCCGCACGCCAAGCCGGGCUCGGAUUGUCUAAGAGCCGGAGUUGGAGGCAGCCCCAAAUCUGGACCUGGCUUGCGGGGGGGGGAAGGGGGGGCUGCUCUGAAGUCCCUCCCACUGCUCACCUUCGGAACCCCGUCUCUGAUCCUUCAUUGCUCUGUGUCACCCUGGCAGAAAAAGUCUAAGAUCUCCGCCUCGAGAAAACUGCAGCUGAAGACCCUGAUGCUGCAGAUUGCGAAGCAGGAGCUGGAGCGGGAGGCGGAGGAGCGGCGUGGAGAGAAGGGGCGGGCCCUGAGCACGCGGUGCCAGCCUCUGGAGUUGGCCGGGCUGGGCUUCGAGGAGCUGCAGGAUUUGUGCCGACAGCUCCAUGCCCGCGUGGACAAGGUUGAUGAGGAGAGAUACGACGUGGAGGCGAAAGUCACCAAGAACAUCACGGAGAUCGCAGAUCUGACCCAGAAGAUCUUUGACCUUCGGGGCAAGUUUAAGCGGCCCACCCUGCGGAGGGUGCGGAUCUCUGCGGAUGCCAUGAUGCAGGCGCUGCUGGGGGCCAGGGCUAAGGCGACCUUAGACCUGCGGGCCCACCUCAAGCAGGUGAAGAAGGAGGAUACAGAGAAGGAAAACCGGGAGGUGGGAGACUGGCGCAAGAACAUCGACGCGCUAAGCGGAAUGGAGGGCCGCAAGAAAAAGUUUGAGGGCUGAGCUGGCCUGCCCACCGCUCUGGCCCUGAGGAUGGCCUUGAGGAAUAAAGCUUCUCUCUGA